AUGAGUGAGAGAAUUAUUACAAAAGUUGCCACACCUAAAGUUCAAACAGAAGGUGGUGGCUUCCUAGUGAGGAAAGUUAUUGGAACAGUUAUACCAACCUGUGACCCUUUCUUAAUGCUAGAUCAUAUAGGUCCUGUGGAAUAUAAACCAGGGGAAGCAUUAGGAGCACCAGAUCAUCCACAUAGAGGUUUCGAAACAGUAACUUAUGUUAUCGAUGGGGAAAUUAGACAUCAAGAUUCAGCUGGUAACAGUGGUGUUUUAAAACCAGGAUGGAUUCAGUGGAUGACAGCUGGUAAAGGUUUAAUACAUUCUGAGAUGCCAACAGAGAAUCUUAUAAAUAAUGGUGGAAAAGUGGAAGGGUUUCAACUUUGGAUCAAUUUACCAGCCAAGGAGAAAAUGAUUGAACCCCGUUAUCAAGAUAUACCUUCAGAAAAAAUACCUGUAGCCAAGACAGCUGAUAAUAAAGUUACAGUUAAAGUUUUAUCAGGAGAGAGUUUAGGUGUGAGUGCUGUCAUUGAAACUAAGAUACCAAUUAUAAUGUUAGAUAUACAUCUUCAACCUGGUAGUAGUUUUACUCAACAUGUACCUUUAUCUCAUACAGGAUUUUGUUAUGUUUGGAGAGGGGCAGGUUUUCUAGGAUCUAACAAAUUACCAGUACACAUGGGUCAAGUUGGUGUACUUAGUGAUAAGGGUACAGAGUUUCAUAUACAUGCAGAAGAAACAAAAGAUUGUCAUGCCUUAUUAAUUGCUGGAAAACCAAUUAAUGAACCAAUAGUUAAUUAUGGGCCUUUUGUUAUGAAUACUCAGGAAGAGAUAGAUCAGGCUAUAGAAGAUUAUAGAGCAGGAAAAUUAGGUCAGAUCCCAGGUGAAGCUGAGAGAGUAAGACAAACUGAGGCAGCACAAGCUUUAAACAAAAAAAAUAAAAACAAUUUAUAG